AUGGCUGGGGAAUGGGGACUUCAGCGGUUGGAACGCGCUCAUGUCCUUUCUUUUUGGACGUUGAGGGUUUGGAUUCAGGUGCAGACUGGCCACCAAGGAGAUCCACAUAUUUUUUGGGUUUGCUUAAAUUAUAGAGGUAGUAAGGCGAGGAAUUACAGGCUUAUGCCUCGGCAUGGGCAAUUGGUGGGCAGUGGAGCAGUGGUAUGGUGCUGGAACUAUCAAAUAUGCAGUGGGGCACACGUCGGUCGGAUGGGAGCCCCAGUUGAAUUGUACCGUUUCUCUCAGCACUUGGGCGCUGGAUGGGGUGCGCGUAGUAUCCAGAUGAAAUGCGAAUACGGGCUCGCUAAGACGGACUGGAUAAAGGGUGGCGCGCAACACGGGGUAGAGGGUGGCGAGGAAUUUAACGAGAUUUCGCUCAAGCACAGGGUUUCGGGCGUGUGGUGCACAAGUGGCGAAUGUGAAUACGAGUCCACUAACACGGAUUGGAUGGCACAAUUGGUGGGUGCAGAAGGUCGAGGGUGGCAGAAGGGCAAGGUUGAGAAAGCCAAACCUGAGUACGAGACCACGAAUAAGGAUUGGACGAAUCGACAGUACACAAUCCAGGGCAGGGACAAUGUCCACCGAGUGGGGUUGUUAGUGCCGUUUGAUGUUAAAAGACGAUGCGCAAAACGUUUGCUGCGGUGCCAGGAAUGCCUAACCACAGGCAGAUUAGAACGGGAGGUUGGCGUUGCAGGGGGUGGGCAAGAAGACCAAGAUGACCUCAAAUAUCUUCACGGUAACCGUGAUUCACUAGCGAUGCGCGAAGCACCUCUAGUCGUCUGCGGUUAA